CAAAUUGUUGCUUGCAUCCCUGGAUCAACGUGGCCCAAGUUGGCAGCGCUGUUAAACUUUUAAUUCUGUUUGCUGAUUUUACGCACAAAAAAUGCCCAGCGCCGAAGGCUCCAGAAAACCCAGCUCGCGUGGCAAGGAUAAGUGCCAGAACUUCGUGAUCGAAAGGUUCAUCGGGAAGCGUUUUCUGCGCGGACGACCCCAGUACCUGGCAAAAUGGGAGGGCUUCACCGUGCAGGAGUGCACCUGGGAGCCGCUGGAGAACUUGGCCAAUUGCAUGUCGCUGGUGGCGGAUUUCGAGGCGGAGCUCUUUCAGCGGAGCCAGGAGCAGAACAAGCACAAAUGAAAAUGGAAUACUUUUAAAGCCCAUAGUGUACUACCAAUAAAUGCUUAAUGCUUGUGCAUGGAGGCUUAAAGUUACAAAGGUGUUUAUAACCAGGGCUGGAAACUUCUACCAUAAUUUCCCCAGUAUUACUGUGCU